CCGUUGCGCCUGACGCUGCAGAGGGAGUUCAUCAAGUCUCUGAUGGGCAUCGGAAAGCGGCUGGCCACGCUGCCCACCAAGGAGCAGAAGACCUGGCAGCUCAUCUCAGAGCUGUCACAGCUCAACCACAAGCUGCCAGCCCGCGUCUGGCUGCCCACUGCAGCCUUCGACCACCACGUGGUGCGCAUUCCCCACACACAGGCCGUGGUGCUCAACUCCAAAGAUAAGGCCCCGUACAUCAUCUACGUGGAGGUGCUGGAGUGCGAGAGGUUCGAGACGUCCGGCAUUCCCCUGCGCAUCCCGGAGACAUGCAUCCGCAGCGCCCGCUCUGUGGACAACCUCCUCCCGGAGUGCGUUGGCAUCACAGCCGAGCAGCGCGCCGGCAGUUUCUCCACCGUGCCCAACUACGACAACGACGACGAGGCCUGGGCCGUGGAUGACAUCGGCAAGUUGGAAGUGGAGCUCCCAGAAGGCCACACCAGUAGCAGUGACAACAUCUCCCAGUUCUCUGUGGACAGCAUCACCAGCACGGAGAGCAAGGAGCCUGUCUUCAUCGCCGCUGGCGACAUCAGGCGACGUCUAUCAGAGAACCUGGCCCACACCCCCACAACGUUCCGGAAAGAUCCGGAGGACCCGUCCGCUGUGGCGCUCAAGGAGCCCUGGCAGGAGAAAGUCAGGCGGAUAAGGGAGGGCUCCCCUUACGGUCACCUGCCAAACUGGCGGCUGCUGUCGGUCAUCGUGAAGUGUGGGGACGACCUGAGGCAAGAGCUACUGGCCUUCCAGGUGCUCAGCCAGCUACAGUCCAUCUGGGAGCAGGAGCACGUCCCCCUGUGGAUCAAGCCCUAUAAGAUCCUGGUGAUGUCAUCGGACAGCGGGAUGAUCGAGCCCGUGCUGAACGCUGUCUCUCUGCACCAGGUGAGGAAGCAGAGCCAGCUGUCUCUGCUGGACUACUUCCUGCAGGAGCACGGCAGCUACACCACCGAGGCCUUCCUCACCGCCCAGUGCAACUUUGUGGAGAGCUGCGCCGGCUACAGUCUCAUCUGCUACCUGCUGCAGGUUAAAGACAGACACAAUGGAAACAUCCUCCUGGACUCGGAGGGCCACAUAAUCCACAUUGACUUUGGCUUCAUCCUGUCCAGCUCGCCCAGGAACCUGGGCUUUGAGACCUCCGCUUUUAAGCUCACCAGCGAAUUUGUGGAUGUGAUGGGAGGCCUGGAUGGAGACAUGUUCAACUACUACAAGAUGCUGAUGCUCCAGGGCCUGAUAGCUGCUCGCAAACACAUGGAGAAGGUGGUCCAAAUAGUGGAGAUCAUGCAGCAAGGCUCUCACCUACCCUGCUUCCAUGGCUCCAGCACCAUCCGCUACCUGAAGGAACGUUUCCACAUGAGCCUGACGGAGGAGCAGCUACAGGUGCUGGUGGAGCAGAUGGUGGAUGGCUCCAUGCGCUCCAUCACCACCAAGCUUUACGACGGCUUCCAGUACUUCACCAACGGCAUCAUGUGAACAGUUCGACACCAAACUCUACUACAUGGGACAACCACAUGGGAGAGCAAGCAAACAUACAUAUAAAGAUGGUGGUGAACAUGUGCAUAUGGACUCACGCAUGUGUGCUUGCCAUAGCAGCACAUUUAGGAAAAUGGACUUGUGUAUAGACUAGUGCUACAGGACCUGUUUGCAAACUCGGUAUGUUCUUUGUCUUAGACGGACCACUGUUUACCCCCUCCUUGUUUUGGCCUUGUGGA